GUUUGACAGCCGGCGAGCCUUUGAAAGUCUUGAGUCUGAGUUCAGUCCAGGAGAGACCAUGUCCGCCGUCAUAGGCAAACUGUAUCCCUCUGUGUUCUCGCUUGAAACUCAUUUUCCAUGAAAUAACAGCGACGCGGGGCCUGAAGGAUGGCCAACUCGGGUGCUGUUCAGGUGAAACUAGAACUUGGCCACCGUGCCCAAGUGCGCAAGAAACCCACGGUGGAAGGCUUCACCCACGACUGGAUGGUGUUCGUCCGAGGGCCGGAGCACAGCAACAUUCAGCACUUUGUGGAGAAAGUAGUUUUUCACCUGCACGAAAGCUUCCCGAAACCAAAAAGAGUGUGCAAAGAUCCACCAUACAAAGUGGAGGAGUCUGGAUACGCAGGCUUCAUCUUGCCUAUUGAAGUGUACUUCAAAAACAAGGAAGAACCGAAGAAAGUUCGCUUUGAUUAUGACUUGUUCCUCCACCUGGAAGGCCACCCCCCUGUCAAUCAUCUUCGCUGUGAGAAGCUCACCUUCAACAACCCAACGGAAGAGUUUCGUAGGAAGCUGCUAAAGGCUGGAGGGCAACGAGAUCCUAAUAAACGAAGUUCAGAAGACUCAAAGGUGAUGGUAAUGCAGGAAGGAUCAACCUCGCUAUUUGGCCAGCACCUGAAGCUGCCUACUCUCCCCAACAACUCACUGACAUCUUCCUUCUCUGACCCAAAGAAGGCCAAGAACUUCCACGGGUCAAAGGAUGGCUCCAAAGGUGGUGGAACCACACUUGUUACCACAGCCACAACCAUUGGCACCAACAGCAGCGGCAGCUUCUCCAAACUCCACAAACCCUCAAAGGACCACAAAGAUAAACCUCCAAAAGACUUAAAAGAGCCCAAAAGUGCCUUCAGAGACUCUGGCUGGGAAUCCAGCAAAGCCCCCAAAGAACCUUCCAGGAAACCCAAAGAAAACCAGCCACUUAGAGAUAUUAAUCCUAAACUAGGCUUUAAGGAACCCAAGUCUUUGUCCAAGGAUCACCGGACUGAGGGGGUGACCCACGGAUCAGUACUACAUAAGCGUCAACCCACUCCUGACAGAGAUGACCCCAUUGCCAAAAAACGUAAAAAGGGAUUUGUGGAUUCACUGGGAAAGCAGACAUCCGGAGCAGAUCCUCAUUCUAAUAAGAAACUAAUAAAGGAUAAAUUGCAGAUGCGAACAAGUAAAUUACAACCAGAGGCUAGUGAGACUGAACGAAGAAAGAUGUCAACGCUACCUCCCUUUCAGGAAUUGGUUGACCCCAAUGACUCUGAUAUGGAGGACCAGUCCACCAAAUCAGAUUCUGAACAGCCCAGUCCAGCCAGUUCCAGUUCCAGUUCAGGCUUUGCUUCUGCACACCACAAACGACAAGUGGUGGACUUCAUCAUCAGGAAAAGGGUGGCUAUUCCUGCCACCACCCACACAGUGCUGGGCCCGUUGCAGUCAGUGAUGCAGGAUCUGCAUUCUGACGACAACGAUGAGGAUUCAGAGGACGACGAUGACAACGACAUGGACUCGGACGUGGAGCGGCCCACACACACGCACCACCAACGCAGAGUCAGUUUAAGUGACGGCAGUGAGAGUGACAGCUCCUCACCCUCGCCUCCCUCCCGCAACGAGGCCCCGCCUUUGUUAAAGACUACUAACAGCCAGAUACUGGAAGUGAAAAGUCCCACUAAGCAGAGCAAGCAGGACAAGAACAAAAACCUUGACUGUGAUAAGGCUUACCUGGACGAGCUGGUGGAACUGCACAAACGACUGAUGACACUAAGAGAAGGUCACAUACUGCAACAGAUCGUCAACCUCAUCGAGGAGACGGGACACUUCCACAUCACCAACACUACUUUUGACUUCGACCUUUGCUCCUUGGACAGAAGUACAGUAAGGAAGCUCCAGAGUUACCUGGACACCUCUGGACUCUCCUGAGGCUCUGUCUCUGCGCGGUACUUUUUUCAUGACUAAACUAGAACUUUGGACGCAAGCGACGGCCCCACUGUGGCUGCCUCCAGUUGCUGCGCGUCCGGCCUGCUGUGGGUUGGGCCGGGCUUUUGCGAAACGCAGAGCUGGUCCAGCUGCAGAAACCCGGGCCAGGAGUCACGGGGAUGAGCCCUGUCGAUCAGGACGUCACCCUGAAAGCCUUGAAAACUUCACUUGAUUUCUUCACAACGUGGGAGGCGGCGCUGCCGCUGCUCUUUAUGAAUGUGCAAACUGUUACCAUGUAUGUUCCUUGAUUUGUUAUUCAUUGUGACAAACGCAUGGUCAGCUUUGCCUUUACAACAUUGUGAGUCUUAUUUAUUGAAUUUAAUUUGCAGAUGUGUGUAUGUGUGCAUAGGAAAUGGUUUAAAAAGAAAUGAACAGGCAAAUUCAGACUUUGUUGAAGCACUUCACACAGACAUAUUUGAUGCUGUGACACAUUCAGCAACAUCAUUUUAGUAGGAACAAAAAUCUGCCACAAGGAAGAGGGUGACACCGAUUAGUUUCCGAUUUGUCAUGAAUUGGUUUUCACUGUAUUGUUGUAGUAAAUACUGCUUCUAAAGAUGAAAACUAUGCAAAAGAAAACCUCAGCAACUCUGUUUUUAUGAAUUAGCAAUCAAAGUCGAUGUGUAGUGGUUCAGAAAGCAAUACUGGACUGUGUGGACUGAAUCAGUUCUGGCCCUGUGACGAAUCGAGCUGUAUUUUAGUUUUUGGAUGCUCGUCUUUGCCAACGAGCGGUUUGCGACACACAGCCUACCGACGUGCGGCGCCUCCACUGCUCUGGCCAGCUGCAGCUGUUGGCAUCAUUGUUUCAGAUGUGACCAGCUGCGAUUUGCACUGGAACUGUCAUGUUUUUCUAUAAAUGCAAAAUCCGUCUCGCACGCGGCCGCUUGAAAUGUGUGAAGAAGCUCACGGCAGAGACGCCGAGUGGCUUCGUGUGCGCCUUCACAUGCAACGGAACGUGGCAGCUUUUUCUUCCCAGGUUUUGACACUGUAUAGCAUGAGAGAUGAGUGGCUCCUGGAGUGAGCCAAGCACAAGCCGCUGAGGUGAAUGUUCUCAUGAGUGAAAACGCAUAAAGGAAAAAAAAACACAUCCAGGAGUAAUGUGCUGCAGCAGCAGGUCCUGUCCAUCUGCUCACUGCGUGCAGCAGAAGAAGGCUUUGUUUUCUGUUGCAGGACCAAUGGUACACGCUCGAAUCAUACUUGAUCUGCGGAAGUUGAUUUAAAUCUGUUAAUUCUUGGGGGAAUUAAUUUGUACAGACCAAACGGAUGAGUAAAGGAGCAGCUCAUGUGUUCUGCAUUUGUGAAAUGUUUGGGGGUAAAUCUGACGGGGUGGGGGUGGGAUGGUUGCCAGGUCCUCUUUAACGAGUGUAGGAGAAAAUAUUUAUUUUUGGAGUUUGAGUUGGUAAAUCAAAGCUCAGUUAAUUUUCCACGGCGAAUGCCUUCGCUUGAUGUGUUUAAAAACAGACAGACACACACACACACACACACACACACACACACACACACACACACACACACACACACACACACACACACACACACUUGCCAGUGUGAUGGCGACCAUUUCCAAAUGACCUUUAAGGGUUGUUUUUUUUGCCCUGUGUUCUGUCUUAUGGUUUCUUGUGUAUUUUGAGGACAUACAAUAAAUAUUCUGUAUGAUGUACAGAUGACUUACUAA